UCCAUAUUCUCUCCCCCGUUCGCGUCUCCACCUUUCUCUCCAUGGCCAGCCUCCACCACCGUCCAACGCGGGGCGAUCUCUUCCGGCCAUCAACCGCGCCCGACCCCGCCGCCGCCGCCGCUUUUCCUCGCCACUCCACGUUAGGCUCGCCAGCCCACAAGAACUGCUUCGCCCGGGAGAUCUACACGACCGCGUCGCCGACGCCGCCGCCGCAGCAGUUCGCGCUGGCGCCGCCGCUGCCGCCGGCCUCCGGCAGGAGGCGCGCUGGUGGCGGCAUGCGCGGGGUCCGCGUGUGUUGCUUCGGCGACCCCGAGGUGAAGCGGCGGCGGCGGGUGGCAGGAUACAAAGCCUACGCGGUGGAGGGGAAGGUGAAGGCCUCGCUCCGCCGUGGGCUCCGGUGGUUCAAGCGCAAGUGCUCCGGCGUCUUGCAUUUCUGACCACCACGCGGCGGCGUCUUUCCGAUUUUUUUUAAAGGUAAAAGUCGUUCUUUUUUGGGCGGCAACAAUUUCUACCACGUACUCUUCGGCGGAUUCAGGUUAUACCGGUGCCUAUUUAUGGAUUGAUCAAGAAUGCAUAGCCAUCGUAUGUGAGCUGAUCAACCCCGUAGAUUCUAAAGAAAUUUUCCCGAGAUUGCAAUUUGCGUCGGUUAUUAUCCAGGACUCGAUGAGGCCGGACUUCAUGCUGCCAUGUUGUUUUUGGAAGUUCAUAAACGUUUGGCUUUGGAUGAUUAAACCGCAACUCCUUAUCCUAAUUCAAUUCGGAAUCAAUCAAUGAACGGCGUUAAGACAUUUUCUCCACAGUUUUAUAUGUUCUGUUUGGACUGAUGUAUAUGAAUUCCAGUUAUGUAAUCGUUCUUGAUUCAAUGUCCUGUUUCUUUUGUAUUUUCUUAUCUACUACUAACAUUUUAGUCAUGGUGUGCACACAAGUGUCAGUAUUACAAUAUGUAUUCUUUUCAACAAGAACAAUUUGUGGGAGCAUAAUUUUAUAUUUGGUAAUUUA